AAAAACCGUUGGUUUUCUUUGUGCUUCUCAUCCAUCAACACUUACUAUGGCUGAAUUUGUCAAGCUCUCAAUUUUCGGAACCGUAUUCGAGGUCACAACUCGCUAUGUAGAUUUACAACCCGUUGGAAUGGGAGCCUUUGGUUUGGUCUGCUCGGCAAAAGAUCAACUCACCGGCGCAAAUGUUGCAGUGAAGAAAAUUAUGAAGCCAUUCUCAACACCUGUUCUGUCAAAGCGCACUUACCGAGAACUCAAGCUUCUCAAAGCUUUGAAGCAUGAAAAUAUCAUCAGCUUGAGCGAUAUCUUCAUUUCCCCACUUGAGGACAUUUACUUUGUCACUGAGCUAUUGGGCACAGAUCUUCAUCGUUUGAUUACUUCUCGUCCUUUGGAGAAGCAAUUUAUUCAAUACUUUUUGUAUCAGAUCUUGAGAGGUCUCAAAUAUGUCCACUCCGCAGGCGUCGUUCAUAGAGAUUUGAAACCCUCCAACAUUCUCAUCAACGAAAACUGCGAUCUCAAAAUUUGUGAUUUUGGUUUGGCUAGAAUUCAGGACCCUCAAAUGACCGGCUAUGUGUCCACGAGGUACUAUCGUGCGCCUGAAAUUAUGUUGACCUGGCAGAAAUAUGAUGUUGCCGUCGAUAUUUGGAGUGCCGGAUGUAUCUUCGCUGAGUUAUUGGAGGGCAAGCCUUUGUUCCCAGGCAAAGAUCACGUCCAUCAGUUCUCUAUCAUCACAGAACUCCUCGGAACCCCUCCAGAUGAUGUGGUGGCUACCAUUUGUAGCGAGAAUACUUUGCGAUUUGUUCAGAACUUGCCUAAACGGGAAAGAGUUCCUUUCUCUCAGCGAUUUGCUGGUCAAGACGAACAGGCAAUUGAUUUGUUGGAAAAGAUGCUUGUGUUUGAUCCUCGUAAGCGUAUCAACGCUACCGAGGCUCUUGCCCAUCCUUACCUCUCGCCAUACCACGAUCCCACUGACGAACCCGUUGCACCUGAAGUGUUCGACUGGAGCUUCAACGACGCCGAUUUGCCAAUAGAUACCUGGAAAGUGAUGAUGUAUUCUGAAAUCUUGGAUUUCCAUAACGUCGAUAACGUUGAUACCGCACAAUUCUUGGGUACGCCCAUUACUGGCGACUUGUCGGCUCUCUCGUGUUAGAGAGUAUUGGCGGCUGUUAUAACAAACACCACUCAGCUCAGGCAUGAUGACUCGAGUACUUAAGACCGCUCAUUUUAUCCAUUGAGACAUCACAACCGUUUUUUUCUUCUUCUUCCUUU